UUUUUUUCACUCUCCAGGUCGUGCGUCGGAUGGAUUAGUUUGUUUAUAAAUGUCCAGUUUUGACUUUAUUUUAUUGUACGUGAAUAUACUUUUUGCUUCGCACGAUAUUAACCACUUUAGGUGUUUCACUGUGAAUUGUGGGAAAGGCUGAAGGCAGAGAACGAGACCACAGAGCUGAUUUUACCCCCAAUAACAAUAAACCCAGUCGCCUGCUAUUUCCACAUUGCGUGUGACCUUCAGGGUUUUAAAGCAGUGAAGAAUCUACUUGUCCUCUUGCCUUUUAAAAUGUGGCCUUCAAAGUGGCCUUCAAAUCAGAGCUGGAGCAUUUCAGCUGGAGGUGCACAGUUUGCAUGCAAAGUCCAGAAUCAGAUCUGCAAAAACUAUCAAGUGCUUCAUUUUCUUUAGGUAUUUCUUAAACCUCGUUUCUGUUUGAGCUGUUUAAACAUAAGAAUCAUACUCACAGAAGGCAAACAACAACAACAACAGAAAAAAAAAAUACUGAUGGAGGCUUGAAGACGUGUUGUAUCCGUUCACCAGUGUUUUAACUCCGCUUUUUUCCUCACCGAGAACAGGGCCUACAAAACACUGCUGGCAUGGCUGCCUUCGGGCAAUAAAAUGAUUUGGGGUGCAGAGGCUUGUUGGUGAAUGCUUGGUGGACAUCACCUAGACCACAGACGGUCAAAGCCAGUUGUUUUGGACUUGGCCGUGCUAAAUGUGCUGAAGUGAUUCAUGCUUACGGAUUGACUUCUGUUUUCUUUCUUUUUUCUUUUUUUUUAUGGCAUCCAAAAUCAACUUUUCUGCAUUUGCAAUAGCAAUGCACAGACCGUGCGCUGUUUUAUUUGGCCAUUUCCACGCGCGUUCAUCUGUAUUUAUUAUUAAGGGUGUAACAAAUGAAGAAAACAAGCAGCCAGUGACGUUUUUGACAUUUUAAUACGAUCCGGUUUUUAGUUAAAGGCGCACAUGGGCUUAUUUGUAUGAUUGGCAGUAGAAAUAUGUUACAACAGAGUCAGUUUGUCUUUUCUGUUGUGGCUUUUUUUUUUCUUUCUUUUUUCUUUUUGCACCCUGCUGCAAGACGUCUCUGAUCAUGGAUUGAAAUAUUUCCCUGCUGCGUUUGUUUGCGUGUAUUUAAAUAUCUCCCAACCAUCAUGCCGCACUGUGAUUAUGCGCAAUGAACCCUCAAAUUUAUCUACAUAAAAACGGGACUUAAUGAGCCGCUUGUGAAUCAUCACAUCACACUGUGCGGGCUUUUCUCUGGUGCUGUGGGAAGUUGCAUGCACGGUGGCCUUGGUGUGCCCACACACUACCCUUUUUUUUUUAAAAGCUUUGCAUUAAAUGCGGAGGUCAACUUCAAUGUUUCUGACCUAACUGUUGCUACAAUAUGCGUGCGCGCAAAGUGCGCAAAUCUGUUGAUGAAUGAGCGUGUGCGGCUGUCAUUACGUUGUCAUUACGCGGCCAAGAUGAUGUUGCUGUAAAGCAUUCAAUUAAAUAUUCCAGCGGUGCUUCACAAAUGUCUUUUUUUUCCGUGAGCUAUAGGGCAAGGCGGCUGGAGAGGAGUUUCCUCUGCAGCCAGGCAGCCAAUGAAGUCUCUUGCAUGCGCUCACAUGAGUUUCUCCGGACAGUUUUUAAUGACUGAUAUUGAUGUAUGGUAAUUUCUUGGCUGGAUCACAUGACACAAUUACCUCAAGAAUCGAUCAAGAUGUAUUGCAGGUCUGCCUAGGUUUCCGAUUUUUUCUCCCUGGCGGGGUCUUUCCACACGCCUGUGGUGCUAUAGAUGGACAAAGUUUAACACAGUCAAGCUGCCAAUUCCUUUCCUCUGUUUGCAAAGAGGAAAAGGGGAGAAGAAAUAUGACGGAAUACGAUGAUCGCAGCUGUGCGUCAAAUAUGUAUUUACCGAGCUGUACUUAUUACGUUUCGACGCCUGAUUUUACAUCAGUCUCCUCCUUUUUACCGCAGAACACUUCGUGUCAGAUAAAUUUCCCCUAUUCUCCCAACAUAGCUCAAGUCCAACCUGUUCGAGAAGUCGCUUUCAGGGAUUACGGACUGGACCAUCCCAGCAAAUGGCACUACAGGGGCAAUUACGCGUCUUACUAUUCAACGGACGAGAUAAUGCAUCGGGAUUUGAUCCAGUCCUCCGGCAGCAGGGCGGAUGUGAUAUUCAAAAAUGAGUCCUUGUAUGGCCACCAUGGAGGGACGAGCUCGCCGUGCAAUUUCUUCACCGGGGUCGGCCGAAAUGGGGUUCUUCCCCAGGGCUUCGACCAGUUUCUUGACAAUCCUAACUCGGAAAAGCCCAACGCGGAGCUCCCCAAACAAAAGACAGACUCUGCUGCUCCCGGAGAUGCUGCGAAUACGGAUCAGGCUUUAACCAAACUAGAAGAGCACAAAGCUGACCCGAGCGGGAGCGUCGACGAGGACUCAUCCUCCAACUGCGGCGACAAGAACAACAACCAACAGAGUUCAUCAACCAAGUCCAGGAAGAAGAGGUGUCCAUACACUAAAUACCAGAUCCGAGAACUUGAACGAGAGUUUUUCUUCAACGUGUACAUUAACAAAGAGAAGCGGCUCCAGCUCUCCAGGAUGUUAAAUCUGUCCGACAGGCAGGUGAAGAUUUGGUUUCAGAAUAGAAGAAUGAAAGAGAAAAAGCUCAACCGCGACCGCCUACAGUAUUUCACUGGGAAUCCUUUAUUCUGAUACCUGACAUGGUGCACACACACUCACACACACACUCUCUCUCAC